GGGAGGGUGCUGACUCCAAGGCCCCAGAGUCCUUGCACAGAGCAGCUGCCCGCCUGACUGCCCAGUCCCCCAGCAAAGCAACUGAAAUAGAGGCAGCGGUUUAGAUCCCGUGGCUCCAUCCAGCCUUCCACGCGGCCACUGAAGAUGGCCCUGCAGCUCCUGAUCCAUGUGGCCUUCCUCAGGCUCAGCGCCACCGCCGGGCCCUCGGUCCAGGGGCGGGACUUUAGAACACCGGCAGUUGCCUGGCCAUCCUACUUCGACCUCAACUGGCCCCAGGAGGUUCAGGAAACCAUCCAGAUUCCGAACAACGGGAGCGCGCCCCUGCUCGUGGACGUGCGGGUGUUUGUGUCCAACGUGUUUAACGUGGACAUCCUGCGGUACACAGUGUCCUCCAUGCUGCUGCUUCGGCUGUCCUGGCUGGACACUCGCCUGGCCUGGAACGCGAGUGUGCGCCCACGGCGUGCAAUCACACUGCCCUGGGACUCACUCUGGACUCCAGGACUCACCAUCCAGGAGGCGCUCUGGGUGGACUGGCAGGAUCAGAGCCCGAGGGCCCGAGUGGACCCCGACGGCCACGUUGACCUGUACUUGACCCUCACCACCGAGACCAACUGUGAUUUUGAGCUCCUCCACUUCCCCAGGGACCAGAGCGACUGCAACCUCAGCUUCUACGCUCUCGGCAACACUGCCCUGGAGCUGGAGUUCCGGGCGCACGCGGUGAACGAGAUUGUGAGCGUCAAGAGGGAAUACGUAGUUCGGGAUCUGAAAACCCAAGUCCCACCCCAGCAGCUGGUGCCCUGCUUCCAGGUGACGGUGAGUCGCGGCGCGGCUGACAGAGGGCUGAUGGGGCGUCACGUGUGCAGUCAGAGGCCAUGGUGUCACCGUGCAAGUGCCCAAGCCCCCCUGUACACGCCCUCCUCCCCCCCAAAGCCCCAACUUCCUUCCUACCAGCUGCGCCUGCAGAACACAGCGCUGAAGGCCAUCAUAGCUCUGCUGGUACCUGGGGAGGCCCUGCUGUUGGCUGACACGUGCGGGGGGCUACUGCCCCUCCAGGCCACCGAGCGCAUUGCCUACAAGGUGACCCUGCUGCUGGGCUACCUGGUCUUCCACUCCUCCCUGGUGCAGGCCCUGCCCAGCUCCUCCUCCUGCAACCCACUGCUCAUUUACUACUUCACUGUGCUGCUGCUGCUGCUCUUUGCCAGCACCAUGGAGACCGUGCUGCUGGCCGCGCUGCUGGCCCGGGGCGACCUCAGGGCCAAGAGCGGCCCCAGCCCAACCCCUAGAGCGGAGCAGCACGGUCACGGGGACUCAGAGCCAAAUCCUGAAGGAGCCCCCAGAGUGAAGGGGUCGAGGAGGAGCCAGGCCGAGGCUGCUGAUCACGUCUUCUUCCUGGUGUAUGUGGUGGGGGUAGUGUGCAGCCAGUUUUUCUUCAUCGGGCUCUGGAUGUGGGCGACGUGCAAGUCUGACCCAGCUCCCGGCAAGGCCGUGCCCCAUGGCGGGCAGCCCAGGCUGUGACAGCCGAGGGCCCGGGGCUGCGCACCCAGGGGAAGGGCCAUGACAGCGUCUCUGGAGAAAGGAGGAGGUCAACUCUUCUCCGAAGCCCGGAGGAUCCCAGGCCACCCUGAGUUCUCCCUUCUGAUAGCCGUGAAA